AUGGCGUCACAAUAUCCCUACCGCCCGCUCAACCUGCCUCAUGAAACACGUAUCUUGACCGUUUUUGGUGGUCGCUACAAUGACCCCCUUAUGGCUAGCAUAUCGCACAUGUCUCUGUCUGAGCCAAACGAUAAGCCCUACGAUGCUCUCAGCUACUGCUGGAGUCGUGGCGUGAACCUUACCAGAACAUCGCCCAUGGACGACGUCAUCACCACCGCGGUAGUUGGCCAGGAUGAAAGCGGCUCUGAGAUCAGCAUGAGUGACGCUUUGCCUUUGGCCGAGAUGCUCGACCAUCCUGUCUACGGCCAGUUUCACCUUGAGUUGGGCGGCGUGCUCCCACCGGGCCCCAUCAUGAUCGAUGACACACGUGUCAUGGUGGGCGGAGAGCUUCAUCGAGCACUGAGAACCAUGAGACUUCAGGACGGGGAUCUGAGAAUAUGGGUGGAUGCCGUAUGUAUUGACCAGCAAAACACUGAUGAGCGGAGUAAACACGUCAGAGUCAUGAGCGAGAUCUACGCCGGCGCCGAGACAGUCAGGGUGUGGCUGGGAGAAGAUUCAGGUUCCUACGUCAUGCCCUUCCUAAACACCAUCUAUCUCAUGACCGAUAUUGUGAUAGACAUCGGAGCACCAGAUGAAAUGGAUAGCUUGGCUGGCGCCCUGCAUGAUGUCCAAGGGAGAUUUCUCCGCCAUCCACGAUCCCGAGAACUGGACUGGGACAUGAUUGCGGAAUUCUUCAACCGGUCCUGGUGGCACCGCACAUGGGUAAUGCAAGAGAUAGCCUAUGCCCGUCAGGCAAUGUUGUACGCGGGAAGGAACGCCUUUGGUUGGGACUUUUUUGUCCCCGUCAUCAGAGUUCUCAAGUCCUUCAAGCUGGACAGCCUGAUGAAUGGGCACUGGGGAUGGAAGGCAGUAAGCAUCAUGAGCAAUCUGAGAGACGAGCAGCAGUUGGCACUCGAUGACGCGUCGUAUGAACCGUGCGACGUGCUUGAAGUGCUCGAGGAAAUGCGGGGCUUCCAGAGCACACUACCUGUGGACAAAAUCUACGGCGUGCUCAACUUGACAGACCACAAAGAUAAAAUCGUGGUGGACUACAACAAGCCCCCCGAGAAGGUAUUCACCGAGCUCGCCGUUAGCUUCCUUGAAGCUGGGACCCUUGAGAUUCUGUCUCACUGCGUUACAAUCUCUGAUAACAAACCCUCCAACCUGGACUUGCCCUCGUGGGUUCCAGACUGGACAAGACCAGGCUAUGUCGAGCCUUUCUGUAUCCGUCAGUUGGAGGCGAACGCCUGUGGUACGUCUCAUGACGAAGCCAUCUACCGCAUAUCACCAGAUCAAAAGGUACUGCAUAUCAAAGGGCGAGUGUUGGACCGCAUCGCCAUCAUCGACACGGUGAGGCAGAUCCCUCCACCCGGCGCAGCAAGAUACGACCGCGGCUGGAAGGGCAAGAGCGAAGAAUUCCCCGCCAACGCGUCUGCUUCUGUCCAAGAACGCAACGACAUGUACAAAAACCUCGAUGAGACAGACACACGCCGUUCAGUGACCAGUAUUGCCAAUAUCGCUCUCAAGCCAGCCGCUGAAGUGACAGUGGCGGAGCACCAAGCCCAACUGGAGUCUUUGGCGAGAACCUUCAUGUGCAACCGGACGAGAGAGAACGAGCUGCCGUCAGGAGAGUUUGCCAAGGGCUUGGAGCUUUUGAUUGCACUGUGUGAAGAUGACGGGGAGGAGUCGCUGAGGAGUCUGGUGCGGGAGCAGGUGAAACACCAGGUUAAUUGUCUCAAUGCCAUGACACUGGGAGAGGGUCUUGCAUAUGCUGAGCGGUUGGAAGAAGGGUACUGGAUGGUGCAAGGGUCGUUUUCCAAGUGGUGCUACAAUAGGAGAUUCUUCGUGACAGAAAAAGGACGGUAUGGGUGGGGCGUCGAGGCAGUUCAGCCAGGGGAUAUAGUGGCGGUUCUGUAUGGAGGUGACUACCCUUUUGUUUUGAGAGAGGAUGGUAUUGAGACGGGCAAAUAUCGGAUCAUGGGUGAUGGGUAUCUGAAUGGGUUCAUGGAUGGAGAGGGCAUGGCAAAGGAGUUUGCUGAUGGUCACCAAGAGUUUACCAUUGUCUAA